UGUCAAAGUUGUCAAACUGUCAUUUGACAGAACAGCAGCAUCGAACGUCACUGUUGUUUUUCGUUUCAAAAAUCAAGAAAAAUAAGUGACCGAAAGCACGCGAACAAAGGAAAUUCUUCACACAACCAAUAUUUUACAGUAAACACCACUUUAGGUGUGAACAAAAAUGUUUCGAAAGCCACAGAAGCCUAGUUCCGGGAAGAAACCCAAUUUGUCGCAAUUUGGACUACUAGACAUAGACCCUAUGGAUGACGAUGAUGAGCCAAUGGUUGGCUCUGAUGAUGACAUGGACUUAGAGGCGGAGCUGGCAGCCAUCAGUGGUGGAGGUGCGAGGCACCGACCCCGGAAACCAGCUCCUAUGCCAGCAGCGGACUUGGAUGCCAUGAUUGCUGCGAGUCUGAAAGAUAUACCAUCGGAUGAUGAGGGUUCUGGCGAUGACGAUGACCCGGAGCUUCUCAGUGAGCUGCACGACCUGAGCUUAGACGAGGCACCUGCACCUCAAGCACCGUUGCCUCGUGUCGCCAGCGCUGACAGCAGCACCAUAAGUCUGCUGCAAGAUCGGAUAACCAACUAUACUGUUGCUGAGAAAAAUGCCAAGGCUGCUGGUGAGAGCAGCCGCGCUCGGAGCGCUGAUAGCAGCACUAUAAGUCUGCUGCAAGAUCGGAUAACCAACUACACUGUGGCUGAGAAAAAUGCCAAGGCUGCUGGUGAGAGCAGCCGCGCUCGGAGCGCUGAUAGCAGCACUAUAAGUCUGCUGCAAGAUCGGAUAACCAACUACACUGUGGCUGAGAAAAAUGCCAAGGCUGCUGACCUGGGCUUGGACGAGGCACCUGCACCUCAAGCACCGCUGCCUCGUGUCGCCAGCGCUGACAGCAGCACUAUAAGUCUGCUGCAAGAUCGGAUAACCAACUAUACUGUGGCUGAGAAAAAUGCCAAGGCUGCCGGUGAGAGCGGCCGCGCUCGGAGAUUCGGCCGCGGCCUGAAAACCCUAAACGACCUCCUGAAGCAAGCGAAAGCCGGUGCCACAAUAGCCAAUGACGACAUCCCGCCGCCCGUGGCCGUGGCUGCGGCGGCCCCGGCGGCGCCCGAGCCGGCAGCGCAGCCCCGCGCACCAGCCAGGCCUGCGCCGGCCAUUCCUGACAGUCCCAGUUCACCCCCGCUACCGGUGGAAGAGGCCCCUCGGCCGCCGCCGCGCGCAGCCAGUCUGCGGAGCCCUACCGAGCCUCCGCCGGCCCUAGACCCCGCUAAACAGGAGGGCUUGCAGACUAUACUUAAGCGCAAGGAGGAAUUCAGGGCCGCAGCCCUAGCCGCCAAACACACAGACAAACAGCUCGCAUUAGAAUAUCUCAAGGUCGUCAAACAGUUCGAAAUGGUGGCUGAUGCGUGGAAAUCUGGACAAGAGAUGGAUCUGAACGAGUUGCCGACUCCUGAAGCUAUCGCUGCUGGUUUCAAGGCUCAACAGAAGGGAGAAGACCAGACACAAGGCGCUACAGAUAGGCCACUCAAGGUCGACACGUUCGACAUGGUGGCUGACGCGUGGAAAUCUGGACAAGAGAUGGAUCUGAACGAGUUGCCGACCCCUGAAGCUAUCGCUGCUGGUUUCAAGGCUCAACAGAAGGGAGAAGACCAGACACAAGGCGCUACAGAAGCCCCGCCCGAGGCACCAGCACCGGACGAGGCGCCCGCGCUCAUCACAGCGAGCACAAUGGCGGAGGCCCUCAAACAGAGGCUAGCCGGAUUCCAGGAGCUAGAAGCGAAAGCGAAAGAGCAGGGUAACUCGUCAAAAGCGCGUCGCAUGGGUCGCAUAGUCAAGCAAUACCAAGACGCCAUUAAACUACACGCGGCAGGCAAGCCGGUGCCCGUAGACGAAUUACCGCCAAUCGCAGGCUACGGACCUAUACCUACUGAUAGUGUGAGUUUUCAUACCUAUAGUAUAUUGAGGCAAUAUCAGAAAGUCAUUAAACUACACGCGGCAGGCAAGCCGGUACCCGUAGACGAACUACCGCCAAUCGCAGGCUACGGACCUAUACCUACUGAUAGUGCGGCAGCCAAGCCGGUGCCCGUAGACGAACUACCGCCAAUCGCAGGCUACGGACCUAUACCUACUGAUAGUGUGAGUUUUCAUACCUAUAGUAUAUUGAGGCAAUAUCAGAAAGUCAUUAAACUACACGCGGCAGCCAAGCCGGUGCCCGUAGACGAACUACCACCAAUCGCAGGCUACGGACCUAUACCUACUGAUAGUGCGCGCGCCGCCCCCUCCCCCGCGCCCGCCCCCGCGGCGCCCCGCCCCGCGCCCCCCGCGGCGCGACAAGCUUCACGCUACGACAAGCAACUAGCGCUCUUACUGCACCGGCAGAAGGAAUUCAGAAACGCCGCCAUAGAGGCUAAGAAGGCUGGCAACAUUGAACAAGCGAAAGAAUACUUACGGGCAUCCAAAGGCUUCGACGCAGUGAUAGACGCUGCCAAAGGCGGACUUGCCGUCGAUUUGAAAUCUCUCCCAUUGCCUCCUACGGCCAAGAAACAGCUUGAGCAUACUUUCGACGUAGUAACAGCCGAAGACUGCACGCCGCCCGACGACCAGCCAAUGACCGGGUCAGACGACGACAUCUUAACCAGGCUACACCAGCAGCUAACCAGCCAGUUGAAGCUGUGCCAGGCCAACCGCGACCACAAUAGGGCCAUGGGGAAUAUAGCCGAAAUGAAUAGGUUCGAAAAUCUCGCUGUUAGAGUGAAGCAGGAUUUGGAUGUUGUUGUUGUUGCUAAAAGUUUAAACCAAAACCCACCCAAAUUCCACUACGAGUCCCGACAGUUUGCAGUAGUGCAAUGCAAUACGGACCUUAACGAGAACGACUUAGAGCUCACAAUAGUCCGCGGGAUCGCGUACAACGUGCCAAACCCUAAGGAAGUCGACACUUAUGUCAAAUUCGAGUUUCCUUACCCACAAGACGCGCCAAUAAUAGACAGGACGUCACAAGUAAAAGACACCAACAACCCUGAGUACGGCGCGGUGUUCCCUCUCGCCAUACACCGGGCGGCCCGACCUUGCCUCCGGGUCUUCAAGAGGCAUGGCAUCAAGUUCGAGGUCUACUCCAAGGGACCGGGCGGCCCGACCUUGUCUCCGGGUCUUCAAGAGGCAUGGCAAGUUCGAGUAAUAGACAGGACGUCACUAGUAAAAGACACCAACAACCCUGAGUACGGCGCGGUGUUCCCUCUCGCCAUAGACCGGGCGGCCCGACCUUGUCUCCGGGUCGUCAAGAGGCAUGGCAUCAAGUUCGAGGUCUACUCCAAGGGCUGCGUGUGGUGCGGCGCUCACGACCUUUUGUGUUGCAGCGGUUGGUUCGCGAGGGACUCGCUGCUGGGCGCAUGCGCUGUCAAGCUAGCGCCGCUGGAGACGCAGGUCACCAUUCAUGAGGCGUUUCCGCUCAUGGACGGCCGACGACCAGCAGGCGGUUCCCUAGAAAUCAAACUGCGCGUGCGCACACCGCUACAGCAGCAACAGAUAGAAAGCACCACGCACCGCUGGCUCGUUAUAGACAGCUAAGU